UUUCAACAAACAAUGAAAUAUCAACACAGUGAAAGUUAUUCAUCAAAUGUGAUUUCUUGUAUUUUUAUUUUUGGAAUUUAAAUAAUAAAAAUUAAACUGGCUCAAAAUCAACAAAAUUCUCUUUCAAAUGAAAAAAAAGACACUACGGUUCUUAAUGUAAACGAUACUACAAAUGAAGGGCAUAGGGAGUCUAAAAGUACAAAUGCUGAACUCAGAGUAGGACCUGUGGAAGAAUUUUCUUCGUCGUUGGAACAAAGAAGAACCAUGUGGUCGAUAGGGAAGCCAAGCACUGCGUGAGGCGGAAGAGCCCGUUGUACAUUUUUGGAAAGCGAAAUGGGUGCCGUACUCGGACUAUUCUCAGCAGCGCAGCUAGCAUGCUGCUGCGGGAGCACAGCCUGCAGUCUGUGCUGCGCAGCGUGUCCAUCAUGUCGCAACUCGACUUCUACGAGGAUAAUGUAUGCCCUUAUGCUCCUCAUUGGGACAGUUGUUGGAUGUAUAUUUCUAGCUCCGGGUCUUGAAGGGGCUCUCCAAAAGGUACCGUUUUGUCGAAAUGAGACGUCUGUGAGCAAAUUUAUACCUACCAUAGACUGUCAAAAUGCUGUUGGAUACAUGGCGGUUUAUAGACUGUGCUUCGCUCUUUCCUGUUUUUUCUUCUUAAUGUCGCUCAUUAUGAUAAACGUCAAAUCGUCAAGGGAUCAUCGUGCUGGUAUUCAAAAUGGGUUUUGGGGAUUAAAAUAUCUCCUAGUAAUUGGAGGUAUGAUCGGUGCAUUUUUCAUCCCUGAAGAAUGGUUUGGACCAACUUGGAUGUACGUUGGGAUGUUGGGAGGUUUUGCUUUCAUCCUAGUCCAGUUGAUUCUUAUUGUAGAUUUUGCACACUGCUGGGCGUCGGCUUGGGUUGAAAAUUAUGAAGAAACAGAAUCUAAAAAAUGGUAUGCUGCAUUGAUGAUUACCAUGUUGAUCAAUUAUGCUCUGGCAAUCACUGGAAUUGUUCUUCUAUUUGUCUACUUCACUGCACCUAACGACUGCGCUCUGAAUAAGUUUUUCAUCUCCAUUAACUUGAUUUUGUGUUUUGUCGCAAGUGCUAUGUCCAUCCUUCCAGCCGUCCAAGAAGCCCAACCCAAGUCAGGUCUGUUACAAUCUUCUAUCGUAACCCUCUACGCGAUCUAUUUAACUUGGUCUGCUCUUUCAAACAACCCUGACUUGAACUGCAAUCCUGGUUUCCUUUUGAAUCAUGGUGGGAAACACGAGAAGUCAAAAUUCGAUUUUGAAAGCAUUAUUGGCCUUGUUAUUUGGAUGUGUUGUGUGCUUUACUCAUCCCUCAGGACAGCUACAAAAUCCUCGAAAAUCACAAUGUCUGACCACAUUUUAGUUAAGGACACUGGUGGGCCUCAAAAAGAGGAGAAGAAAAAGAAAAAAAAAAGGAAAAGAAAUUUCCUUGGCAUGCCUAUUAAACAGAAAAAAGAUGAUGGAGGCGAACAAGGUGGUGACAAAGGUGACAAAGUCUGGGACAACGAGUCUGAAGGAGUCGCUUAUUCUUGGUCGUUCUUCCAUGUAAUGUUCGCCUUCGCAACCCUCUACGUGAUGAUGACGCUCACCAACUGGUAUUCGCCGAAGUCAUCGUUGGAAGACUUGAACAAAAAUUCGGCCUCGAUGUGGGUGAAGAUGAUGUCUAGCUGGACCUGCCUGGCAAUCUAUAUGUGGUCCCUCAUCGCUCCGAUCGCACUUCCGAAUCGUGAGUUCUCAUAAAGCAGUUGGCCUUUCAUCACUUAAAUAAAACAUCCUUGACAUAACAUUGUUGUUAUUAAAUAUGAAUUAUUAUUAUUAUUAUUAUUAAGUAUUUUAUGGAAUAUCUAGUUUAUGUGAUAUACGUUUAGUAUUAAUUUUGUAAAUAUCUGUAAAAUUUUUUAGAGGUAUUUGUUUAGUUUCAAUUAAAAGCCUUAACAAACUUAAUUUGGAUAGUAUAUAAUAAUAAAAAAAUGUCGAAUAUCAAUUUGUCUCAAAUUUUACCUUGGCUUGUGAACAUUUUUUUGUUAAACUUAAUUAUUAAAGCAGCUUUCUCUAUCUACCAGUAAAAUAAAAAUUUAUAAUAUUUAACUAGCUUUUUGUGGUUUUAGAAUAAAAGGUUAGAAAUAAGGUUUAUGAGUGUUAAUGAGUAUAAAAAGAAGAAGUCUUUUCAUUUUUAAUGCAUAAAUUAUAAUACUUAGGAAAAGUCCAUUUAUUCCUUUAUUGGUGCAUUUAUGUUGUAAAAAUUAUAUACUUUAAUCCCAAUUUGAAAACAUUUAUUUAUCAACUAUUUUUAACAAUAAAACUGUGAUGUUCAAAUCAUGAUUUUCUAGUUAGCCUGAAAUAGUUUUAUUAAAAUUCUACAUGGAGUAAAACCUCCAUUAUCCGAGAUAAUGAUGUGGAGGGGGCUCCAUGGAAAACUGAAAACCCUGGAUAAUGGAACUUAUUUUUUUAAUGCAAUAAUUAAAAGGUGAAUUAAGAAGA